AUGCUACAAUUUAAUGGCAAUUGGGAUAACUAUGGCAGAUUUAGAGAUUUUGAAGUGGAUGCCAUUGUGAUAGAUGAGAAUGCAAGCUACAGUACUCUGAUCUCUACAAUUGCAGAACAACUAUCAAUUGAUACUACUGAAAAAACUUGUUCAUCUGGAUCGCUAAAGUUACUUGAUAUGCCAUCCUCUCCAGAUAUAGAGGAAUAUCAAAGUGAAAUAAUAAAAGAAUAUACGCAAACCGAUAUUGAAGAAGGACAAGUGUAUCAUGACAAACAAACUGUAGCUGCUGCAAUGAAGCACUUUUCUGUGGUGCACAAGUUUCAGUUCAAAGUUAAAAGAUCUAGUCAUAGAAGCUACUGGCUUGUAUGCGUUGGUGAAAACUGUAAAUGGCACUUCAAGGCAACAUCAAUUAAUGAUUCCGCAAUGUUCAAGAUAAGGAGUUUCAACCGACAAUACACAUGCUCCUUAAUUGACGAAAUAUUUAUACAACGCAAACGUACUGCAGCUGUAGUUGGUAGCAUGGUCAUUCCAAAGUAUUGUGAUCCAAAAACUGUGUACACACCAAAGGACAUACAGACUGGCAUGUUAGCAGAACACGGAGUGAACCUAAGCUACAUGCAAGCAUGGAGAACAAAGGAAAAGGCUUUACAAUUUUUGAGAGGGAAUCCGGCUGACUCCUACAGCAAAUUAUCCAAAUAUUUUUAUAUUCUUGAGGAGACUUAUCCUGGUUCUCAUGUUAAAUUGAAGAAGACAGCAGAUGAAUGCUUCUUGUGCGCAUUUGUUGCUCUUUCUACAUCAAUAAGUGGUUGGCAACAUUGUAGGCCAGCAGUAGUUGUUGAUGGGACAUUCUUAAAGUCAGCCUACAGGGGGAUUAUGCUGACUGCAAGCACCAUGGAUGCAGCAGGUACAAUAUUGCCCUUGGCAUAUGCUGUGGUUGAUUCUGAAAAUGAUGCAUCUUGGAAGUGGUUCUUUGAGCAAUUCAAGCAGGCAUAUGGUGAAAGACCUUCAAUGUGUGUUGUUUCAGAUAGAAAUGAGAGUAUAAUGAAGGCAACAUCAAUUGUCUAUCCGGGCAUGCCACACUACUCUUGUAUGUGGCAUAUUUGGACAAAUAUAAGGUCAAAAUUCAAGAAGGGUCAUCUACAAUUACAUGAAUUGUACUUUGCUACAGCAGGGGCAUACACUCUGGAUGAAUUUAAUGAAAGGAUGUCGAAGAUUGAAGAGAUAGACCCUCGUGUUAAAUCAUACCUCUAUGAUAUUGGCUAUCAUAGAUGGUCAAGAGUACAUGCAACGGUAAAUAGAACUUGGACUAUGACAUCAAACAUUGCAGAAUCAUUGAAUGCUGUAACAAAAUAUGCAAGAGAGCUGCCAAUAUUUGACCUAUUAGAGUAUAUGAGGACGCUUCUUGAAACUUGGACGAAAUAG